UUUAGUAUUUAAACAGACGUUUCAGUAGAAAGUCAAACAUUAGAAGAAAGAGUUAUGGAAGCUAACAUUGAGGAGCCUAAUAAUCCUAGCCCUGUGCCAUCCGAUUCACCAGUACUUAAUAUAUCCGGAAAUAUGGAACCAAAACGAAGCACUCCCCAAGUAAGAGGGGAAAGAAAGGAUGCAGCUCCUCAACCGAAGCCUGUUACUCCGUUGGCACCACAAGUCAGUCCAACGACAUUUCCAGUGAUUACUAGUAGAAUCCUUUUCAAAACAGACGUUCCACCAGAAGCAGUUCCUAAAAGUAAUCCUUUAGACUUUGACCAAUAUCUGUGCUUUCUGUGCAUGGAAAAACCGUCCAGUAGGAAGCGGGUGUACCACAUGUACCUCUCAAACGAAAAGGACAUGGAAAAGGAACGUAUUCGAAAAAUGUACGAGAAUAGAAAAGACCUAAAAAUUGUUGAUCGUAUGUAUCAGGAAUCACUCUGUGCCCGAUCCCUAUGCCACAGAGUUCAAAAUAAGUUGACCGAUGUGACUUGGAACAAGCAGAAAACUAUUUUCGAGACUGAUUGGGUUGGAGAAAGAGAUGUUUGGAAUCUUUCGGAGAGAAUAUACAAGUUGCACUACGAGGAAUUGGAAAAGCUUUUCAAUUAUAUUAAGUUUAUGAGUGCCACGAAUAGAUAG